AUGGACAACAUUUCUAGUGACCCUUUUGAUGAUACCACGGACUACAUUUCUAACAACCCUUUUGAUCGUACCACAGACGACAUUGAAUCGCGAAGCGUUCUCUUGACUUUGCCAGAAGCCAUUUGGCAAAGCAUUCUAGAGCGCCUUUCGCCAAAGGAACUGGCUGGACUGUGUAAAGUGUGUACUUUUUUAAGGGAUAUAUGUCGAAGUGAUCGUUUGUGGGAAAUCCACGUAGAGAAGAAAUGGGGUGGAGUCAUUGGUGAUGUUGUUUACAAGGAGUGGAAACUGCAUAUCACAACAGCUAAGGAGAAAAGAAACGGCCCCUUGUAUCAACAGAACAGUGAGAAUGGGUCAUUGGGAUCUUUCAGUGGUACUUGGCCUACGUUAUACCUCAGAUCAUAUCUAGAUGAUUGUAGCCAUCUUAAUAGCUCAUUGUCAAAUAGCUUUAUGAUGGCCUUGUAUGUCUCUCUAGAAACUGGCAAGUUCUGGUUUCCGGUUCAAAUCUACAGGGGAUUAUUUGUUCGUGAGGCCUUAGUUAGAUAUGAUUCCAAAUCUGAUACCUUUCGAGCAAGACGUCAAAGUGGGGGUUGGCACAAAGUGGGGAGCAACAUCCAAUGGGAUAAACUGAGGGCUCCUCCGAUUGAUAUGCCUCCAUGUGAUGAAUACGUCUCUGAUUGUUUGCAAGACCUGAAACCAGGGGAUCAUGUUGAGAUCCAACGGAGAUCUAGAAAUGGAAUUCCUUAUGGUAGGUUUCUUGUCAUUUUGCUUUCUCAGCUCUCAGAUACGUUAGCAACAGCUGGUGCAAUUGGAAGCUCACAGUUGCUGAUGCUGAGUGGGAUUGGUCCUGCUAAGCAUAUGAAGGCUCAUGGAAUCAACGUGGUUUUGGAUCAGCCACAGGUAGGUCAAGGGAUGACAGAUAAUCCAAUGAACCUUCUAGUGGUGCCUUCCCUUUUGCCUGUUGAAGUCACUCUGGUCCAAACAGUGGGCAUCACAAAAGCUUCAUUGAAUCAGGUAGUGGAUUAA